GUGUCAAAGCCCUCUUAAAAUAGCUUUUUACUUUACAAUAAACUUAAAAUUAUAAUUCAAAUGACACAAAUAUAAUUUUAAACAUAAUGGCAUGUGCUAACACCAGAAAUUAACCAGUGUUUUUCUCCACCAUGUUACCGACGAAAGUAAAGAAGAAAUAAUGAUGCGAAGCCGCAUUACAUAAAUGGGUCGUAAUUCCGAAAAGGUUGAUCUCAACACAACUCAGUCUGAUCUUGCUGUUCUACAAGAAAAGGGAUUUAUUUUAGAGAAAAUGGUCGGGGAAGGAUCGUAUGCAAAGGUAUACAAAGCAACCUAUUUGUCAGAAGAAUCCAGACAAAAUGUGAUGGCCUGCAAAGUAAUAGACACGGCGCAGGCGCCCCGCGACUACCUCACAAAGUUCCUGCCGCGAGAGCUGGAUGUGCUGAUCCGGAUCAACCACCCGCACGUCAUACACGUGUCCAACAUCUUCCAGCGACGCGCCAAGUACUUUAUCUUCCUACGAUACGCAGAGAACGGCGACCUCCUAGACUUCCUUACGGCGAACGGACCCGUGCCAGAAAAUCAAAGCAGACUAUGGAUGCGACAAAUUUUAUCCGGGAUACAAUUCAUACACACACUGAACAUAGCGCACAGGGAUUUGAAAUGCGAAAAUAUAUUGAUCACAGCGAAUUACAAUGUAAAGAUUACAGACUUCGGGUUCGCGAGAGUGGUGCGGCAGCGGGACCGCGACGUCCUCAGCGAGACGUACUGCGGGUCGCUGUCGUACGCCGCGCCGGAAGUGCUCAAAGGCGUCCCGUAUUUACCCAAAAUGGCCGACAUGUGGUCGAUUGGCAUCAUCAUGUACACCAUGCUCAAUAAAGCGCUACCCUUCAACGAAACCUCGGUCAAGCGGUUAUAUGAGAAACAGGUGAUGCGCAAAUGGCGGUUCCGUACAAGCGUGGUGAACCAGCUGUCGUCGGAAUGCAAGCACCAGGUGACGCUGUUGAUGGAGCCGGACCCCAAGUCGCGCCCCACCGCCGCGCACGUCUUCUCCGGCGCUUGGAUUGCCAUGGACCCUCGCCUCACCAAACUAACCUUCAUGGAGGAGAAUCUUAUGAAGCAAGCUAUGGAGGAAGGCCAAAAACAUGGGCUUGACACGGAGGAAGAGAACGAAAUGGAGCGAAUAGCUGAGUUGCGGAGAAAAGGAAGGGGGAAAGAGGGCCUCAAAGUCUUGAAAAGCGUCGACACAACAUAUGGUAAAUCUCAACAGUUGUUUGAUAAGGAUUAAGUGUAAAAAAAAAUAAAAAUUAUAAUUAUGUUCAUCCAAUGGUUUAUUCACUUUUUACAUUUUAUGGUUUUAAGUUAUUGUAAAAAUUUAUUUAAUACAUAAUAUUGUACAAAUGGU